AUGGAUCAAAACGUUGAUAUGUAUGGGUACUUGCCCAGCGAACGGGCAUCGCUCUUCGGUAUUAUAUUCUUUAGUACCUCAAUGAUCAUAUGCAUCCUGCAGUUGGCAUUUGGGCCGUAUAAGCACUACUGGAUGAUUACGCUUGUGCUUGUCGCUCUGGGAGAGGCAAUCGGCUGGGGAGGGCGCCUUUGGGCUCAUUUUGCCCCGACGAGCUGGAUGGCUUUCAUGAUCCAAAUCUGCAGUCUCAUCGUCAGCCCUGUCUUCCUGUCUGCCGCGGAUUAUGUUCUCUUCUGCAAGCUAAUCGAUAAGAUUAGCCCCCGCGUCUUCCCUAUUCCAUCCACAAUUUUCUGGGUUGGAUUUAUCAUUUGCGACAUCAUCUCCUUGGCCAUCCAGACUGUCGGAGGAGUCCUGGUAUCAAGCGCAGAGGACUACGAACAACUUAGCCACGGGGGUGACGUUAUGCGCUCAGGAAUUAUCUUCCAGUUCAGCAACACGGUCAUUUUUGUCGUACUCCUCGUAGGAGUAAUCCUCCGACAACAAAAAAGGAGAACACUGGCCUCGCAGGCGAGAUGGCCAGUAAUGACAGCUUUGUGUGUAUCAACGCUCAUGGUACUGAUCCGCAAUGGAUAUCGCAUUGUCGAGCUGUCGGAUGGAUGGAAGGGUCAUCUGAUGCACACGGAGCGAUAUCUCAUCGGCUUGGACAUGGUACCGAUGGCUGUUGGGAUUGGGGCUUUUGUUAUUUUUUCUCCUUCAUUCUUUUUGCACGAGGAGAAAAAGCUCGAGAUCAACUCGAUGGAAUUGUCGGUAGCUCGGUACGAAGACACUCAACAUGAGAGAAUAAGCACUCAGGCCCUUCACUACGCAAACCUGGGCCGUAAGCCCCCGUUCAAUCCCAUAUUAGAUAUGCGAAACGAUGCUAUAGUGCUCAAGGUUGGGCCUGGCGGAUUAGGUCUCGGCGAUGGAAUGGUCGCGCAGUGUAUUACGCGGCGACGUGGCUCAGACGCAGAUGCAAGGGCAAAUGAUGAAAGGAAUUCGCCUGAAAAUCCGCGCAAUACACUUCCCACUUGCGCCAACAUCCCAGCCAUCAAAACCGAAACAACCAUGCCUGGACACGCUAGUUCUGAUAUGGAUCGAGAUAUUAAGUUCCAAAUCGCACAUUGUGAGGAGCUACAGGACCUUGAGGCUUCAAUACCUCGGAACCACACCGGUUAA